CACUCCUACUCCGCCCCCUUGCUGCGCGACCCAACCACUCCGCUCCUUCAAGGACGAGGAGCUAGGGUUUCCCGUACCGAUGGCCGUCGCCGACGCGGUGCUGCCCUCGCCGCCGCCGCCACCGCCGGCGCGGAUCGUCGUCGUCGUGCGCUUCGCCCUCACCCCGAUGCUGGCGCUCGGGCGCGUCCUCUGCGUCGCGGGGGGAGCCCUCGCCUGCCUGUGCUUCGCCGCUGCGUGGGUCACCUCCGUGGCCGCGGCUGCACAGAUCGUGGCGCGCCGCUCCUGGGGCGAGGGCUCCGCCCCCUUCCUCUUCCUCCAGGCGCUCACGUACGGGGCUCUCAAGGUCUGCGUCUGCAGCUUCCUUGUGUUCGUCGCGCUUGCCGUCCUGUGGGCGUGCGUGGCCUGCGUGAUUGCACUUGUAUCUGGAUCCACUCCGGGAUUCAAGAAGAGCGCCUCCGGACCAAUCACGCGGGAGUCGGUUGCAGGCUUGUUUAGGCUUCUGCGCCCUGUGGUGCUUGGAUUGGUCGCGGAUGUGGCCUUCUUCCUGCUAGCGCUCGCUGGUCUUCUGGUAGCAAUGAUGUCGCCACAUGUGGAGGGAUCGAUAUCUCAGGGGGAAAUGGUUGGUUCUGUAAUCGAGGAUGUGGGGACAUUUGGUAUACACGCGAGACGCGACAGCUUGCGUUGUGAUCCCAGCUCUCGUUCUUAGUCUCUGGAGGGAGUACCAGGCGGUCAGGAAAGCACCAUCACAGUUCUGUUGAGACGAAGCUAAGAAGAGAAGGUGUCCCGAGAAUUCUGCAAGAGCUACAGUACUCAUUCUGCUGAUGGUUGUGAGUGAUCCCAACAGAUGCAAGUUUUCAGAGGAAAAAGAAAGUUUCUGCAGACUUGCUUCUUUGUACCAUUAGUAGACUCUAUCUAAUCGUCAUUAGCCAUCAAAACUUUUGUAGACGUGCUUAUUUCUGCUAUUGGUAGAUCCUAAUCGUCAAUGCCCAUGAUGUUUCUUGGGUCAUUAAUUAUGAGUCUGUUGGUGAUAUUUGGUACUCCUCACUAGGCUUGCACUAGAGUAUUGGUGUAUAUAUGAUGGUGGAAUUCGUCAGCGAUCUCUUUGUACUGCCCUAUUGGAAGAAAAUGAUUCCGUGAGACAUUAAUCUCGUGAA